AGUUCGUCGGUCAAAAACACAGUUGCCAGCUGGAGCAGCUGGUUCUUCAAUGCGACUUAAUGUUUGAUUGCUCCCCAUGUGAUUUCCGCGUUUUUUUCGUUCGUGAUAAAACCGUGGUGAUAAGACAGUGAGGACGAUUGUGUGAGGAAAAUUUAUUUGAUGUGCAGUUAAGGUGCUUGUGAAUGUGUCAUUGGUUUCUUGUUCACAAAAACCAUUGUGUAUAAAUCACAAGGAUUUUUCAGUGUCCUGGACACAAAGGAGUCUCGAGAAUCUCGCAACAGCGUCCUUUGUAAACUGGAGGAUGUAGCAAUUAUGUCUUGGCGAAGAGCAACGUAAUUAGAUUUUUUUUUUUUUUUUUCAAAGAGGAAGAGAUUAGGGUCGUUGAGAAGGGAAAGAUGGCUUCAAACAACGCAAAUGGACACAAGAGAAAUGGCUCGUCAUCAAGUAUGUUUUGCCAUAGACGAACCGAAUCUGGAGGAGGAUUUAUUGGUCACAAAUGGUCAGAAAGUGGCCACAAACGUGCUGAAAGCAUAUCAAGUGCCUUUAGCCAAAAACGUUCCGACGGCAGUCACAAAACUGGUGACAUUCCUGGCUUUGGGCACAGAAGGUCCGACUCAGGUAGCAAUUAUUAUUCAGGACACAGGAGGAAUGAGAGUAUGUAUGCUAUGACUGGUUUGUAUGCAGAAAGUACAGGUGGUAAUGCUGGCGAAAAUUCAGAUUUGCCAUUGACACAUGAUACCGUAAUAAGAUGUCACAGUCGAAAUCCAAGUUCUGGCAUAAUGGACCAUAGAGACUUUGUCAUCAAAUGUCAUAGCAGGAAUCCAAGUGCUUCCAUGAUAGACAGGACUGAAAAGGAAAAACCGCAAACACCUCCUGUCAGUCCGGAUUCAAAGGACUGUGGAAUUCUAACUUGUAGACCGGCCUUCAUUCAAAAUUUUGCAAGUAUUAAGGUCUUUGUAUUUUUGUUGUCGUUCCUUGUUACUUUACAACAAGCACUUAGCUCAGGGUACAUUAAUUCUGUGAUCACAACGAUCGAGAAGAGAUUUGAGAUCCCAUCCAGUCUUUCGGGUCUCAUAGCAAGCUUUUAUGAAAUAGGAAAUGUUAUUACUGUUAUUUUUGUCAGUUAUCUUGGUAGUCGAAGACACAUUCCCGUUUGGAUAGCAAUCGGUGCCGUAAUAACAGGAUUAGGUUCAAUGGUUUUUGUCAUUCCGCAUUUUACAGCUGAACCAAACCUCACAACCACUUCCAAUGCCUCCAAUUCAGACAAUAUUUGCCGUGGAGUUUCGCUGCGUGAGCAAGAUAUGGGAUUAGGUCGUCUUUCAACUGGUCUCGCGUCACCACCCUUAGCACCGCAUAACAAUUUAAGGGGUGAUAAUUGCAUUCAAGGAACUCCGUCGACAUUUGGCCCUGUUUUACUUUUUGUGCUUGCUCAACUUUUAUUAGGAUGUGGAGGUUCACCUCUUUUUACUCUAGGUACAACGUACAUAGACGAUCAUGUCAGUCAAGACAGUGCUUCCCUGUACAUUGGCUGCGUCUACAGUAUGGCAGCGUUUGGUCCAGUUCUUGGCUUCCUUCUUGGAGCUUUCCUUCUCUCCUAUCACAUGGAUUCUUUCGCAGGAAAUAUCAUAAGCAUUGAUCCAGGAGAUCAUCGAUGGGUAGGAAUGUGGUGGGGAGGAUUUUUACUCUGCGGUUUACUUCUCAUUAUAACUGCUAUUCCAUUCUUCAGCUUCCCAAAAACAUUGCAACGUGAGAAAGAAAAAAUUCGAAUUAUCGAAAAGAGUAAACCACCGCCGAUUAAGGAGAAAGAAACCACCAAAGAAAUAAAAAAACCAAUUGACACAAAUGACACUGCUUAUGGAAAAGAUAUCAAAGACAUUCCACGAAGUAUGUGGAGACUUUUGUGCAAUCCAGUUUAUAUUGUGACGUGUUUAGGCGCUUGCAUGGAGUUAGUGAUUGUUUCAGGAUUCGUUGUAUUUUUGCCCAAGUACUUGGAAACGCAAUUUAGUUUGGGCAAGAGCCAAGCGAGUGUCUUUACGGGUUCAAUCGCGAUACCAGGAGCAUGCAUUGGCAUCUUUAUCGGAGGCUGUCUACUAAAACGACUUGAGUUAAGGCCAAAGGGCGCCGUGCAAUUUGUUCUAGUCUCCAACAUUAUUUGCCUGACUUGUUAUGGAUUAUUAUUUUUCCUUGGUUGCGAUAAUGUCAAAAUGGCCGGCACGACAAUUCCAUAUUACAAUAGCAGUACGAAAGGUCUUGAACCAUUUCAAGUUAAUCUCACUGCCGCCUGCAAUUUUGGUUGCGAAUGUCGUAUGACCGACGUUGAACCUGUUUGUGGAAAUAAUGGUCUUACAUAUUUUAGUCCUUGUCAUGCUGGUUGUACUGCUUUCAGUUCUAAAUCGAAUUUCACUAAUUGCGCAUGUAUUCACAGCAAUUUAUCAAUUGUUCCGCCAGUUGCUCCUGAAUUUGCUGAAGUUACUGUAGUUCCUGUUGCAACUGCAGGACCAUGUACUUCCCCUUGUCGGACAAUAUUUCCGUUUCUUAUACUCUUAUUUUUUAUGACGUUUGUUGUCGCAGUAACGCAAAUGCCUCUAUUAAUGAUAGUUUUACGUUCGGUUUCUGAGGAAGAAAGAUCAUUUGCCUUGGGAAUGCAAUUUGUAAUUUUUAGACUUUUUGGUUAUAUACCAGCUCCCAUUCUUUUUGGAAAUUUAAUAGAUUCAACGUGCUUGCUAUGGAAAAGUACUUGUGGAGAAAAAGGCGGACGAUGCCUUCUCUAUGAUAUCGAGCAAUUUAGAUACAAGUACGUUGGACUUUGCGCUGGAAUAAAAAUUCUCGCUCUUGCACUAUUUUUAAUUGAUUGGUGGCUCGUAAGAAGAAGAAAGCACAUGGAGGAUAUGCCACCAUCUUUAACAGUCAAUGAAUUAGUCGGCUCUAUAAUUAGUCUCGACAAACUAUUUGAAGAAAAACCACAUCAAACAGACGUAGAAAACAGUUCGCCGAGCACUGAAAAUCCUACGCAAUCAUCAAUUUCAUCUCCCACGGAGCCUACAAAGUCAACGAAUCUUGAGGAAACUGAAUCCUCAGGUCGCUCAAAAAAUGAUUUGGAAAUCUCGGAUACAAGGCAGGCACUUUUGGCCCCCGAAGAUCUUGAUGGUGAAACGGUACCCUUAUCAAAUACAAACGAGAAUCGCGAUUUCCUUGUUUAAUGAUUAUUUUACUCUAGAUUCUAUUUUCAAUAUAUCAGUCAUUUCAAAUUGUUUUAUUUGUGGUAAAUUAUUUCUUUCUAUAUAACUAGAAUUGAAGUUGUACUAAUCAUAUUAUUUUUUGUGCCUUAGACUAUUUUUUUCUCACUUUUAUGUACAAUAAAUUUUUUCGUCAAAUAAUUUAUCACUGAUAAACGUUUGAAUGUGACCAAAAAAAAAAGAAAACGAAUCAGAUUUAGUUAGAAUUUAAUAAUAUUGAUUCGUUAAAGUAGAUAUUAAAAUUAAAUUUUCAAGUUGUGAAAAUUUUUGUCAAAUUGAAAUUACUUCAAAUUGAAGAUUUCUCUUCUUUUUUUUUUGCUAUAAAUAGUAUAUCAUUAUACAGUUUUCAAGCGAUCUCUUUUUUUUGAGGCGAAUGAUUUCUUUUUUAGUGAAAAGAAAAGUGAACGUGAAUUUGUAAAUAUUUAAAAAAGCCUGCCUUAAGAAAUAUAAGACUAGAUAAAUUUAAAAUUUAAUGAUAAAUGGACUAAUAAUAUAGUAACAAAUUAUUGAUCGACACAAAUAGUAGAGCGUAAGUCACAGUUAAAUAAUUUUUUAAACAUAGAUUAACAUUUCUGGAAAUGAUUAGUCAAUAUAGUAAUUAGUGUUGGAGAGAGAAAUAUUCGUAGUGAUAUGAAUAGGUAACAUACUAUAACAAGAAUUCGAAGCAUAUUUUUUUUUUGCAUUGAUUAUAAAAAAAGAAACAAAUGAAAUGUAUCGUUUGUUUUUGAAAUAAUUUUUAAUUUUCUUUGAAAGAAAAAAUAAUCAACUUCUUGAAAAAUUUUAGAUUCGAAAAAUUUUUAAAUAUUGCAUAAAAAAGAAAAAUACUUCCAUGCAACGAAAACCUGUAUUUUCACUUGUUAUCAAAUGAUUUCAUCGAUUGCGAGUCAAUAAUGUCCUAAAAUGUAGUUAUACCUAAGGCAUUUGUGAUAGUCACUGACAAUGAUUAAUAUUUGGAAUUAGAAUAAUUUUAUCUUUUAUUUAUAUUAGUUUUACAUGUUUUUCUAGGAAAAAUGUUUUUAAAAAUAUUUACCUACAUUAAUGUUUUAACAUUUUUUUUCAUUUUUAUAUUUUAAAAUUUUUUAUCUAUUUUAUAAUUUCUAUAUAUUAUUUUACUGAUUUAUUUUAUAUUUUUUUAGCUUACUUUAUUAGAAGAAUAGAAAAUAAUAAUUUUGAUUUUAAAUAAAAUUUUCCCAAUAUUAACUUUUGUCAAUUGACUCUCACGGAUGAAGAUUUUUUAUUAGAAAAAAAAAUUGAUCAGAUUAAUUACAAUAUUUCAUUAAAUCUAUUUAACUUUAUAAUCUUUAUUCGAAAAGAUACAUUUAAUAUCUCACUCAGGUACGUUUUGUCUUUAGAAAUUUAAGACACUUUAUUUAUGUAUUAGAAACGAAAUGAAAAUUUUCAUUAGUCAUUUACCUAAUCUGCCUUGAAACGAAAAGUUUAUUUUAAAAUUAUCUCACAUCUCAAGAAAAGCCUAAUAAAUGACCUUUAAAAACAUAUCUGAAGUAACAAAAAAAAGUGUAUAAAAUAUUUCUAGGACACACUUCUCGUAUCACAUCUGAGGACCUUCAAAUUCAAAUAAAUAUUCUAUUUCUUUAGCAGCUUACUUGGCCUUACGCUGUCAAUUUAUCAAAUUCUCAAGCAAAAUUUUAGAAUUAUUAAGAAAAAAAGUAAAUACUGUCCAUUAUUAUCUUUCUAGACUUUAAAUUCAAUCGUCAAUAGAUUUUUGCGGAUCUAAUAAUUUCUUUUAAUAUAUUUUGCACUCGAACGUACGUACCUCGCAGGUUUAUAUUGUGAUAAAUACGCUUGAGACGAUAGAAUUUAAAGCAGUUUGUGAAAUUUAUGAUAAAAAGUAAUGAAAAAAAAAAAUUAUAAAUAAGUAACGGAAAAAACAAAUGUAAACUUGAAAUCUUAAAAAACUUCUCUGUGAGUUCACAAUAAUAAUUUGUUAUUAUUCAAGUGAUUUCAAGUGAAUUAUUGUUGUUAAAUAUUUUUUGAAUCUUAGUGCUGGUUACUUGGAAAAUGAAAAUAUUUAAUUUUUUAAUUGGCGCAUUUGUUUUAGAAAAAUAUAAAUAAACUAGUUUUUGCUGAAUUGAUUUUCAGUUUGAAAAAGAAAAUAUUACACAAUUGUUAAAUUUUUUUUUUAGUAAUUUCAUUACUUUAAAUUAGACUAAUUUUGUUAAUGAACUCACUGAGAUGUUUUUUUUUCUUCUAAAAAUAGUAUCGAGUAAGAUCGAUAUUAUUUAAGACAUUGUAUGUACAUAACUAGUUAAUAAUGCAAUUGUAUAAGUUUUAUUAUUAUUAUUAUUAUGAAAAAUCAAAGUUUCUGUGAGACUUUUGUUUUGUUUAAAUUGAAUGAAAUGGAAAACUUGAAAGUAAAAUGACUUACACGUUGUAAAAAAUUGAUAAAUUUUGUAGAAUAAAUUUAUUUUUAUGUGAUUUUUUGUCAUCAUGAUCAUCAGUGAAAUUUCAAAAUUUUUAGAAAAAAAUGUUUUGGAUUUUUCUUUUUUUUAAAUUACUUUUUAUUUUGUCGUUACUUAAUUAUUCAUGAAGAAAUUUGUGUUUUCUCGUGAAAAUAAAAAGAAAAAAAUCUUUAAAUAUAACGGAAUUAUUAUAGGUUCUUUGUGUUGUAUUUACAACUUUUUUUUUAUUGUAAAAAUGCUGGUAGAUUAUAAUUAAGAAAUUUAUUUUUAUUCAUAAUCGACUAAAAAAAUUAUUGUAACAUUCCUUUUUCAAGAGGAAAAAGAAACGAAAAUGGUAUAGUGAAAAAAAAAAAUUGUGAAAAGUAUUAAAUAUAGAAAUAGACGUGUAAUAUUAUUGAUAUACAAAAUUAUCAAUGAACUGUAAAUCGCUUAUAGAUGUAACCUAUUUUUUGUAGGGACCAUAUUAAGAAAAAAUAACCUUUGUAUAAUAUUACUGUCGAUAUCGUCGAUAUCGUAUAGAGAAAAUUACGAAACUUAUCUCAGUGAAUUGUUGUUAACAUUUCACAUAAAAAUUAUUUUAAUUUUAUAAUAAUAUAUUAAUUAAUUAUUUCUCUUAAUUUUAAGAAAAUUUUUCUUAAACGAUUUUUCUUAAUUAUCUGCGAUAAUUUUUAAUGCUUGAAAAAUUGGUAACAUUUUUAAACGAAACAAAUUUUAAUGAAAAAAAGUAAAAAGAAGGAUGAAAUAGUAUAAAGAAAAAACGUUUUAAAAGAAUAAAUACUUUAAUCGAAAACUAUAUUGGAAAUAAUAAUAUAAUUUAAAUUACAGUUUGGAAGGUAAUUAAACAAAUUACGGAAUUUAUUAUUUUUUUUUUUUUAUUAGAAUCUUCGAUUUCUGAUAGAUUAUAAAACGAAAUAACAAAAAAAAGGUGUAAAUUGUUUGAAACAAAAAACAAUUCAUUGAAGUAUUCAGAUAUUGUGCAAAAUGAAAUAAAAAAAAAAAAUUGCUCACCAAAAAUUGUAACUCCAUUUUAACAAUGUACUUGUCUAAAAUGAAAUUUCAACAGGCCUUAAAGUUACCAAAAGAAAAAAAAUUAAGAUAAUUCACGAGAUUCAAUUACAAGAGUGUAAAUAUAAAAAAAAAAUUGGUAUUUGCGUAACGCAAGUAAUAAUAUAAGAAAAUUAUAUUUUAAGAAGUAAAGAAUAUUAUGUAUAUUAAAAGUUAAUGCGUUUUCAUGUUUACACGAUAAAUGAUCUUGUGCGACUGCAAUCAGUACUGUAUUUUCGGUAAAUGUUUUUAUCACUCAUAUCAAUUAUCAAGAUCCUAAUUUUUUAUUUAACAAAAUUCUAUUUUACUAUUGUAAAAUAAUUAAAAUUUUUUUUAUUAAAUUAGUUAUUACAAAUUUUAUAAUAAGCUUCAAUUAAAAAAUUAUUAUUCAACAUUUUUGAAAAUUAAUAAUAUUAUAUUAUCUGUACUAUUGUUUAUGGCACAUGAAACAAAUAGAAAAAUGCUCUUUAGCUUAUAGAAAAGCAUUAUUGAACAUUUUAAAGCAGAUAUUGUUUGGCUUUAUUUUUUUGUCUUGAGAGCUAAGCACGAACAAAAAUGUAUUUACAAUGAAUAAACCUUUAAAAACUGUUAA